AUGUUUGACAGCACUGUGCUCAGAAGCGGAUACUGUCCUAAAUCACAGAAGCAAUUCAAGAACUGCUCUGGAUCAAACCACAUGGCAAGUGAGUGUACUAAAGGAGCUUGCCGACUGUGUGAAACUGUUGGCCACCACACCUCAGUAUGUCGGGAUCUGACACCACAAGACAAGGGAAAAGGACCACUACAUGCUCUUUCAACAGAAGGCAAAACCAGGACUACAACUUCUCGUCCAGCCAAACAGCACAUCGUGACGUCUCCGAGUCCUUUCGAGGAGGAGGAGACUCGUCGGAGACCGGAAAGCGCCCGAACACAAACACGGGAAUCAGUACACGUACUAUUGGACACUGGAGCUGAUCGCUCCUUCAUAUCGAUGAACCAGCAACUCGCCUCCAGCUCGACGACUCAAAGAGAGUCAAGCUACAAAUCAGUACUUUCUGAUCCCAUGAACUCAUGGAAGACAUGUGGAAUCACAAAAGUGUACCUAUGGGACUCUUCAGGAGAACGUUACUUGUUUUCAGUGACACCAAUCAAGCAUUUACGGAUUCUUUUUACCAGAGCAAGUUUUCCAAAAAAGAUAUACAGUUCCUCGUUAAAAACCGCAUCGAAUUGUCAACCGAACCAUGCCAAUAGGUAG